CGCUUCUCCCAUGUCUUGCGAUUCGUUGGCGGUAAUAAUUCAUCAUCGUCGUGGGCUGUUUCUAUCCCGAGGAAUCCAGCAAUCGAGCCCGUCGUUUUUGUCCAGUACAUGAACACCGCCGAUUCCCUCUCGUCAUUUACAACAUCACAUCACAUCACCGCACAUCAUCAUCUCAUCAUCGUCUCUCCUCCUCUUCCACCCUUCCUUCCUCAUCAUCUGCGUAGGGCUGAGCCGCACAAACCGCCAUGAUCGCAUAGUCCAGCCUUUCAGCUACCUCGACCCGUUCCGACCUUCCUUCGCACGCCUGCCGUGAGUGGUUAUAGUCCGGUACGACCCAAUCCAACACUAUCAGUACGUGCGCCGAUCCACAGUAUCGGGCUCUCACCUUUGCACAACUCUGUGGCCAGAGCUUCCUCUUUACAUCCAUAUCACAUCGGCCUCGUCGAUAUCUCAUAUCGGGAAACAUUCAAUCAACAUGCCUGCCGGCAGUUCACGCUUUGUGCCAAACUCGAGCGACCCUCGUCAUCCUCGAGAGGUCCCUGCUGGCACCCGGCAUCCUCACUACUCCUCCGUUGGCAGUCUGGCUGACGCCAUGUCAAUACCUCGGACACAACAAGCGGUGCCUCCGCCGUUGCCUCCGCCGAGCUUCAUUCCCGAGAUCGCCAGUGGUAACGAUCUAGGUUGGCAGUGGGGCAAUGAAUCUUCGACUACGCAAUUCGGACGUGCUCCAAGCAUGAGCAAUGCCAGUGCGAACGUUAGACCUGGAAGCAGUCUUCACGGCGGCUCCUACCUCCGCGAUGCCGAUCGACAUUUCGACCACCAGGGUCGAUCUCCGCGGACGUAUGCCAUGAAUGACGAGCGUCACUCUUCCAUGUCAGCCAUGGUCGCCGAGCGUGGACGAAGCGAACAAGGUGGACUUUCUCGCAGCAGCGAGAUGGAUUGGCGUCCAACGUCGAAUUUCAGUUUGCAUGGCGAGCGACAAUUGGAGCACCGCACGCGCGUCGCUUCUUCCAACACUUACGACAAGCAGCUGCUUAGCCGUAUCAGCAACCCGAGUUCUUCCAACAGUGCCAAGCGACAAUCGCUCUCAUUCUCACCCGGAACUUCGGCACAAGAGAGCACUCAACUUGCGCCCAUCGAACUUGACCGUCGCGGCGAGCAAUUACGUCCUCUGACUCUCCCACUCCCAUACGAUCGAAUCCCGAACUCGCAGGAAUUCCCCGCUGGUUCGAGCGCGCAGUGGCCGGGCUCGGCCGUCUCGCCAGGGUCCAGCGUACCCGCGUCUUGGGCUGAGCACAGACCCCAUGAGGGACUCGUGAGCAACCACCAGCCUCAUGCCCAUCCUCAUCACCACCACACACGGCCCGGCAGUAGGUCAUAUGAAGGUUCUGCCGGCUUCAGCGACGAUGUAGAUGAUGGCCGUCUACAUGAUCUGCGGAUAGGUGAUCAGAAAUAUGGUUCGCAGGAUUCGCGAUGGAAUUCCAAGUCUGGCACCAAACGUCGUGCAUCGUCACCUCCAAGGGACUUGUCAAGGGAUGAUCGAACAAUUACUGACAACCUCUCACCGAAACAUGACGCUUCACAAAGGCAGCCAUUGCAUCAGCUUCCACUGCGCGAAUCACUCAGCUCACGCUUUCAUCCCAACCACUCUUCACUGUCGUCAGCUUCUUCAAGCGCACGACAUGGAUCGCUUGGCUCGUCCCUCGGCAUGGCCAGCAUCCCUAGCAGCACCACUAGCUUUGCCUCAGGUCAGCUCUCGCCAGGUGGAUCUUCUCCGUCAUACGACGAUGAGAACAGAACCGACACGAUUUACUCAAGAGCUCCGACCGCAAAGAGUGCCUCUGCGAGUCAAGCGCGACAACACCAACGUGGUGGUUCGAUAGCUUCUGUAAGCGGCCCAGCCUCUGCUCAAUCAGAAAGCAGCCCGCACUCUCGCAAUAGUAGUGUCAACCAGCUGUCUGGCGCGACUUUUGUCUGCGAAUGCUGCCCAAAGAAACCCAAGAAGUUUGAUACGGCCGAAGACCUCAGACUUCACGAAUCGGAAAAGCAAUACACAUGCGCCUACUGUUCCAACCGCUUCAAGAACAAGAACGAGGCCGAACGCCAUCAAAACUCCCUCCACCUCCGCCGCCAUUCCUGGUCAUGCGCUGCUCUCGCCGGCGUCGAGGCCGCCUUCCACCCAUCAGUCGCCAACCCUGCCGCCGACAUCUGCGGCUACUGCGGUGACGAGUUUCCCAACCCCGCCUGCUGGCAGACCCGCGCCGCCCACCUGAACGUCGUCCACAAAUUCGGCGAAUGCAACCAAGCGAAGAAGUUCUUCCGCGCAGACCACUUCCGCCAGCAUCUCAAACACAGCCACGCGGGCACCAGCGGGAAAUGGACGAAUUUGCUCGAGAACGCCUGCAUGAAGGACGAGCCUCUGCCGGAAAAGCGCGCCGAUGCCAGUGGACCUUCGUCAUCGCCGGCGACUCACCCCAUGGCGUCGUCCAGCGCAAUGCACUCCGCGUCGUCCGGUGGCCCUACACUGCCGGCUGCGAUGCUCUCGGAAUUCGCCGUCUCUCGCUAUCCGCCCACGGCCGGUCCAGAUAUGAGGCACGGUCGACCAUGAAGUAUUUGAACGAGUGUUUAUGCCCGAUCGUGCCUGACUCCCCUCUCCGCCUGGUUUAUUUUUCUAAUGCCAGGCGAUUGAAGGAGCAAGAAAAGUUUUUUGUGUUUCCAUCUUUGAUGAUGAAGCUGUUUGUUUGUUAUUAUUUUCUCGCCACCAUCACGAAAUUCAUGAAGAGAGCGGGGAACGCGGAAAGGAGCGGGCGUCUUUCAUUUCCAAAACGGUGCCCUUUGGUGUUAGUAUUUGCAUGUUGUUUUCACGGGACUCGGGGAGUCUUUCGAAAUUGUGCGACGUCGUCGGGGCGUUAUUACUACUAUUGCUGCUGAUCCCCUUGGGUGGAAAUGGAAUUUCGAAUCCCGUUUGCUGGCUGCUGCGCGACCAGUAAUCGAUUCCAAUGCGGCGCAGUCGGGAGAAGAAUGAAAAGAAUCAUCGUUUUUGACG